GUCAGGGCUUUACCAGUCUGCAAAAUCCCUUGCGAGGAUUACUCUAGGCCGCCUUGGUGACUUUUGAUUGAGGGCCAGCACAGUCCUGGGUAUUUUCAGAAGGGUCAAGGGUGUUCUGGAAAAAAUCUAAUUCCAAGGGUUGCAGUGCAGAGACCUUGUAAACAGGGAUGUCAACAGGGAUGUCAACAAUAUUGAAUGGAGUAAUAAUAAAUUUAUAAUAAGGUAAGAUUACGGUGUAUUGAAGUACAGCAUGAAAGGAGUCGAACUAGGGGGCACACUCACCAACUUCUGCUGUCAUUGAUCCCAAGCCUCCGUAAAGAAACGGCUUCCAGUCCAUUGUAUAUUUCUACAGUCAGUGUAACUGAAUGAAUGGUGAGAAUGAAUGGACCAAAAAUUGGAAAACACAUGAGAGAUGCCAAGAAAAAAUAAAAAUAAUUUGCCACAAUGCAAAUAUCACUAAAAUUGUAAAAUCACAAAUGCAUAUUGAAUGAAUUCUUGACAAUGACUGACAAUGAACUUCUGACAAUGAACUUCUGAACAUGCAUUACUUGUAGAUAGCGUCACGAGUAUGGAGACCAUGCGCGAAGGUUGCUAAGACUACGUAUUCUCUGUUUCGAACAAAUGAACAUGAUUGGUUUACUCAAUACACGUUAGCCAAUCAGGUGUGGGAAAUUUAAAGGCCGCCAACAACAAAUUCGAGCAGACAUUCGAUUCAUUUCAGAAUUCGAGAAGAAGGCGUUAAGAAAAGGCUGCUCAUUUGGAAUACUUGCUGAAUUUUUGUCCAAGACAUAGAUCACAAUGAAAUCUCAACGUAUUUCUCUCGCCUCAAACCAGGAGAAUGCGAAGGUUUGUAUACGAAAUGCUUUGCUGGCGUCUUUAAAGUUCAUUUCGAAUGACGAAGAACGCCGCGUGCUUGCAGCGUGGACAAUUAAACAGCUUUUUAUUCUUUUAAAUCUUGUUCAUUUUUUAUAGGAAAGCAUCGCUGGUAAAGGAAAUACGACAAGUUCAAGAGUUAUGCCUUCGGAUCGAAGAAAAUCUAAAGAAAAUGCAAAAAGACAGGCUGAAGAAUCUCCGAACAACGCGCCGACAAGAAAGCGAUCUGCUUUGGGCGACAUGACAAAUGUAUGUUGUAAAAACCCGUGUUCUUUCUACUGUAACCAACGAAUUGCUCUAUGAUUUCCCUAAACUACUUACCUAUCUUGUUACCUAAGAUUUUAAGUGUAUUUUUUAGGCUUCAGAACUGGAAUCGAACGCGAGAAAGUCCAAAGCAAAAUGUGCCGUGAAAUCUAAGGCGGACAAGAAUAUAAAUGCUACUCGUCAGCUGUCGACAUAUCAAACGCGCAGAAGGUCAAAAGAAGCUAGUUUUGUGGCGAAGAAAAACGUCGAAAACCAGAGUUUAACAUCACAAAAUGCAAGGUAUCAAGCGACAAGCGGGCCUUUACAGAAAAUGCAACUAAUCAUAUAAGUUUACAGGGUUGUACUGUAGGCUGUAGCUAGCCAAGCGAUUGGGAGGAUUUAAUCAUCCAGGGGCAUGUUCCCCCGAAAAUAUUUCUAUUUAUGUAUUUUAUUCACGUUUUAUGAUAAUAUGAAAUGGCGUAAGCCACAGAUUUGAUAUAUUUUAUGUCAUAGAUGAUUGAUGAAAACAUUGAGAGAGGAUAUGCCUCCCCUCCCCAGUUUUGAAAGAAUUAAAAAAUUUGUCCUGAAGAAAAGUGGAUGCAUGUACAUGUUUAUUACUUUAUUAUAGACUGAUGUAUAUGAAUGAAUGCAAUUUCCACUCAAUUCUUGUCUUACAUUUUCAGCAAAAUUACUGAAGAAAAUAAACCUGCUUUUACUGAGGAAGAUUUAGAAGAUAUAGUUUUCUCUGAAUUAUUAAGCCAAUCUGAAACUGCUAGGUAUUAAAUAAUUUGAUAAGUUUGAUAUUAACACAACAGCUUUAAUAUUUAUUUACUACAUUUGUUCACUCUUCCUUAAUAUGAACUAUCAUGAGUGCACCAUGGUGGGGUGACUACCCCAGAGGAGUUGUUCAUUGUGAGUGAUGUUGAUAAACUUCUAGUUUUGUAAUCUCUAUAACGCCCUAACAACCAUGGUGAUCACACAUUUUUCCAUACCCGCCCAACCCUUGCUGCAAGUGUUGAUGUUCAUCCCUAGGACCAUGCUCUGUUGCUUUAUAAUGAGCAUUUCCAUACAAAUUUUCAGUCAUAAAUUGAAUACCAUUAUUUCCAUAUUGCUUGUUAUGAGCUGAAACUUUGCACUUUUACAAACAAUGAGGUUCCUACAGUAGCUGUAUGCAGGGUUCAUUUUGACACAGCUGCUUGUUAGUUAAUAAAGGGAGAUGAGCUCACAUUCAUAACCAAUUACUGCAAAAGGCCUGUAUUGUUGCCUGCUGCUAUCUACCUUUAGUUUAGUUAAAUUCUAUUCCACUGCAUUAAAUUACUGUGUGUUGGAAGAUGGCAUGAUUCAAACAUAAUUUGAACCUGCAUACGGUACCUUUCUAUACAAAAUUUGUUUAAUUAAUUUUUAUAGCGUGAACCAAUGACCUCUUGCAUAGAAUAUGUCCCUUAAUAGAAGUGAAACAAAUAGUAAUGUGUCGGUCGACCAUAGUCUGAAUUUAAAACUUCUUUGAUGUUCUUUUGUAUUUAGGAACUCUGAGGUUGCAAAUUCUGAAUUGGGUGGUGUUGUGGUACCUGUAAGUACAAUGCAUUAAAAUGGUGAUCACAUGUAGAAAAUAAAAUAGUCUGACAUACUGUACACAUAAUACAAUUGUAUGAAUUGUAAUUCAAACUUCAAAUUGUGACAGUGACAGGAAACAGUAGGAAACAAUACUGUUUUAACUGUAUAAUAAAAUUUUGAAAGUGAUGCUUUAAAGUGGUCACAUAUAAUUAUCAUACUACUGUAGUAUAUAUUAAUAACCUUUAAUUUAAUCGAACUCACUAAAAUUUACAAAACUAUGGUAAAACAAAAAAAAUAGUAGACAUUACAAACAGGAAAAGCAUGCACAUCCACCCUAACAGGGCAGCUACAGUAUAGCUUUAACUGUUUAAAUUCAUUUGAUAUAUAACUAAUUGCUACAACAAUAAUAUGGAAUAUAUUAUUUAGUAAUACAAUUAUUUAAUUAACUGAAAUUAAUUUAUUGAGUUAGUGAUUACUGUAUACUGACUGUCUAUUUUAACAACAAAAUAACAUUUCCAACAAUUAGGCAGAACCUGAAAAACCUGUUUAUAAUGAUAUUGACACAGACACUACAGAUGAAUUUGCAAUGGCCGAGUAUGCCAAUGAGAUUUUCAAAAAUAUGAAAAAACGAGAGGUAUUUAAAAUUUCUUUUUCCAUAUGUAUUUCAUCAGUAUUUCAUUGAAGACUAUCCUAGCUGCAUAAUGUGUAUAUACUGUCUAUCUGUCUGCUUCCAAUUUACCUAACAGGGGGAGGGACUGUCAGGUUGGGGCCUGGGGCACUGUUACCCCAUUCAAUCCUCUUGGAAAUGGAUACUUUGUUGGGUAUACCCAUAACCAUCCAGAGAUUGUAUGUAAUUGCAUUGUUUGUCAAUUCGGUUGCUGACCCACAGGAAAGAAAUAAUAUACACCUGCUAGUUUCCUACUCUGUUUACAGUAACUAUGCAAGAAUUUAUUAACAUUUAUAUAAAAACCAUUUCCGCUGUCCUUGGAGGCCUUGGCUGUUUCACCCUUUACCUAUAGGGAAGACCUUGUAUGUACAUUUGUGGCAAUGGUGUGAUUAGAUUGAACUAUAAUACACUGUGACGUCACUAAUACAGUAUUUGACAAUUAUUAAUUCAAUGUUCCAUCAUUCUGUCUGCAGGAAAUGUAUGUCCUCACAGCGUAUCUGUCUAAACGACCAAAAAUCAAUGCAAACAUGAGAGCCAUCUUGGUUGACUGGCUGGUUGAAGUUCAAGAAAACUUUGAACUGUACCACGAGACAUUGUACCUUGCUGUGAAAAUAGUUGAUCAUUAUCUGGAGAAAACUAACAUUGAAAGGGACCAGCUUCAGCUAUUAGGAGCUACAGCAGUUUUCCUUGCUUGCAAGAUGGAGGUACUGUAUGUCUGAUUAGAUGUUGGAUUUGAAGCUAUAAUUAAUAUACCGGCAUAAUUAUUUUAUAGUUUCAGCUGGCUCAGGAUAAGUAUAACACGAUAACAUUAUAUUGGUUGCAGGGAUACAUAGAAAAUUCACCAGUGAUGGAUGAUUCAUGGUUACGUGCCGGAAUUUUCUAUGUAGCCCUGCAACCAAUAUAAUGUUAUCGUGUUAUAGAUGAAUCCAGUGUUGUAACGAGUCGAGUCAUUGACUCGGACUCGAGUCGACUCGAGUUGCUAUUUUCAGCGACUCGAGUCCAAAACGAAAAAUGACUCGACUUGAGUCAACAGCCCCAAAUGACUCGGACUCGACUUGCUGAUUUUGCCGGCAAAUGACUCGAGUCAACUCCGCUUCAACUUGUAGAGAAUAAAUUCAUCAAAAAUAUUGUGAUUGUAUUGCUUGGGAAGAACAAUAUGAGCCCUGUGAACAAUGAGAACUUCGAAACUUUAUCAGAAAAUAUAUGGGAUUUGCAUAGAAUACAGUAUAUUCCUGACGGGCAUGCCUAUAUUACAUUUCUGUUUUUAGAAACAACGCUAGUGCCACAGUUUUUAAAAUGGAGUCUCAAAAUUUUUUGUACUUAUGGUAGUUAUGCUAAUUCUGACCGGCUAUCUUCAUUUUUGGUAUUUAUGAAGUGCUAUAUAAUUUCAAAUUAACUUGCAAAGCAUGGUUAAUUAAAGUCGAUUCUUUGUUAAUUCUGACUCCAUGCAGUUGCAAGUUAUGCUAGUUGUAUAUACGUACACUCGAUCAGCAGGCAUGAUGAGACAUCUCGUGUGGUUGUACUUAAUAUUGACUAGAACUGUGAUAUUGGUACAGCCUAUGGCUGCCCAGAUACUGUUAUUACAUGACUAAAGUGAUUUAUAGCUUAAAACGUAGAUUUGAUUACUAAUUUCAAACUGCAAGCUAAGGUAGCGAACCAUUACAAAAAGCGUGAGGUAGACCAUUCUCGUCCCCAGAGCCAUUUUCACUCGGUCACUCGUUGAAAAGUAGGCUGUGUGUUAGGCGACUAAAGCGAGAGAUCUGAUUGGCUUCUCAGAGAAAUCCUUUUUCGCAGAAGUUGAGCAGUUUUAGCUAGGAAAAAUUAUUCUAUCAACAUAUGUCAACGCAAAUACUUCGUUUCUUUGUAAUACUUCACUUUGAAAAUUGUUACGGGUGCUAAAGUGUCCCAAUUCAAGACCAUGCGCUUUAGAAACUACUGCAAGUUUACUUGCACUUCCGGUUCCGUAUGUUCCAGGGCCUAGGGAGGACGCGCGCGGCCGAGAGGCCCUGGGGACAAGGAUGUGGGUGGACUUGAUCAAAUUCCCUGACUCGAGUUAAGUCUAGCUAUCGACUCUACUUAAACCAAUGACUCGACUUGACUCGACUCGAGUGAAACUGCUGACUUGACUCGAGUGAAGCCACUGACUCGACUCGAUCAGAAACUGAAAUGACUCGACUCGUGACUCAACCUACUGUAUAGGUGACUCGUUACAACACUGGAUGAAUCAUGGUUACCUUUGCCUGCCUGCAACCCAGUAUAAUGGGCCACAUCCAUCAUUAUAUUGUACGUUUCUGUUAAUUGUAUCCCUUUUCGUCGAUUUAUGGAAUCAAAUCUAUUUUUUAUAUGCAGGAGAGACAUCCACCUUACCUAGACGACUUUCUGUUCAUUUGCGACGAUGCUUACAAGAAAACAGAUCUUUUGAGAAUGGAAACAAAAGUUUUUGCUGCACUGGAUUACUGUUUAGCCAUUCCAAUCCCGUAUCGAUUUUUGCGACGAUUCGCUAAGGUGAGAACAUUAAUAUAUAGCAAGAACGAUUGACUUCAAGAUAUAUUUUGUCCUAUUUCAUUUAAUAUCGCUGUGGCCCUGCUGCUAGUAAAGUGCACCUGGAGUCAUUGAUAUUUUGCAGGAAUUUACAAGCCAGUGUAUGCAUUGAACGGUUUAGAAGUGAAAAUUUUGAAAUCUCAGGUGGCGAGAACGGGAAAGUUCUAAAUACUGGGAGAUACCUACUCUGCAUUCCAGAGCCUUCGACAGUAAAUAAUAAAUUGAAACGUCGCGAAGGCUCUGGUUCAACGGGGAGAUUCUUUGAUUAAACCGCGCCAAUCACAAAACAGAAUUAGUGGUUUUAGUACAGAUUCUGUAAUUCUGUUUUGUGAUUGGCGCGGUUUAAUCAAAGAAUCUCGCCGUUGAACCAGAGCCUUCGCGACGUUUCAAUUUAUUAUUUACUGUCGAAGGCUCUGGAAUCCAGGGUAGGAGAUACCGGAAUACUUGACAACUUGUAUCUAUGGAUAUUUCUAUUUAUAACCCCCCUGGCCUUCCCCUGGGCGCCCUGAUGUUCCAAAAGAUUUUAAUAUACCUGUAGCCUGGUCUUGAAUUUGAUCACAAAAUAACCUGGUUUAUUUCUAGGCUGCUGAUGCUACCAUGGAAACAUUAACAUUGGCCCGCUAUAUCCUCGAGACGUCUUUGUUAGAAUACGAUUUCGUCCCAGUUAGAGCUUCAAAGAUGGCUGCUGCUUGUCUGUCCCUAGCCAUGGAGAUGAAAAAUUUAAACAAGUGGACGCCAACUCUGGUGUAUUACACAGGUUACACUCGACAAGAACUGUCCGAACUCGUUACAAAACUGAAUGUCCUCCUCUCAGGUCAGCCCAAGAAAAAUCUUAAAACUGUUCAUUCGAAAUAUUCGCAUUCAGUUUUCUUCCAAGUAGCCAAGACUCCCGUUUUGGAUGUACUUGCAAUGUAAAGACGCAGCACUUCAACGAGCGCGGAUGCUUUGCCUGCUUCCAAUUUUAAAAUUUUGAAAUGUCGGGCACAUUGCCGUUGGGGUGGUAGUGGGGCGCUGAGAUAUUUUGAUAGAUUUAGCAAUUGUACAAACAAUUUUACUUAUAAGAGAGCGGUAAAUAGUUUCGCAGUUUGUAAAUAAAGUUCAAAAAAUUAUGUACAUACAGUAUCGACAAAUAUUUACUAGAUAUUUAGUGUAGCUUACUUAGUUUUAGUUAUUGUCUCAUUGAUAUAAUAAAAUUUCAAGUCUUUUUAGAGGU